GCUACGACGCUAGGGGUCACUUCAGUACGACUUCCUUUGUUGGACGAUGAGCGGAGGCGAAGGAGUGAUCGCAGCAAGUGGGCAGACUGUUGAAUGAACAAUGACCUUUGAAAGUGAUCCAUGGAUAGUUGAGUAGGAACACGGUAUCGAGAUAGACAUGGAGAAACUAACGAAAGUAUUUUUCCUACUAAAAAGUCCUGAACUAGUCGCUGACUUUCAAAAACGCUGUGGUGUGGAGCUCUCAGAUUCUGAAACUACAAGCAGGGGAAAAGCAAACGGCUUGAAAACUGAUGACGUUAACACAGAGUUAGACACGAUUCGACAUAGAAAUGGAUUUUCAAAACCAGUAGCAAGUUCUGAAGUUGUAGAUGAUACUUUUAAAAAAACAAACGGACAUGCUAAAAAUGGAUAUUGUGUAAAUGGAACCAUUCACAUUCCGGAAAAAAAUGGGUUGAUCAACCACCACCCACAAAAAUGUGACAGUGAAGAACAAGACAAGCAAGAUUUAGGAAAAUCUUCAUUCAGAAUUAGAAACAAAUUACUGUUUACCCUUUUCCAUUUUGGUGCAAGUCUUGGAAAUGAGAUCUUUUAUUUGAUCUUUUUCCCAUUUGUAUAUUGGAAUUUAGAUGGCACCCUGAUGCGACAGAUGGCCUUUGUGUGGCAUGUCGCUAUGUGGGCAGGUCAAGCCUUGAAGGACAUUAUAUGUUGGCCCCGUCCAUCCUCUCCGCCUGUGAUUAAGUUAGAAGACAGAUACAGCUUAGAGUACGGGAUGCCGUCCACUCAUGCCACUGUUGGAACGGUCAUUCCCUUCAGUCUGCUAAUCCUGCUCAAUAGAUACUAUGAGAUACCUCUAGGAUUUGGAAUAGUCUGUGCCACAGUGUGGAUGCUUCUAGUCUGCUGCAGUAGAAUCUACUUAGGAAUGCACACAGUUCUGGAUGUGGUAGCUGGUGUCGCCUUCGGAUGUCUGAUCAUUCCUACAGUUCUCCCAUGGGUUCACGCCCUGGACAUUUUUCAAUUGACAAACCCGCUUGCCCCACUGGUGUUUGUCGGCGGCUACUUCCUGUUUUGCUGGUUAUAUCCCAAGCAGAAGGUCUGGAAUACCGCGAGAGCAGACACAGCAAACGUACACGGGAUCUGUGGAGGGGUGACAUCCGGAUACUGGUUAUACUACCGACUGGGAUGGCUGACCAAGUCGGAACAGAUUCAGCCAUAUCCACUGCCUUCCCCAACGCUGGAGUGGGUCUAUCUUAGUUUUCUGAGAACGCUGAUUGGAGUUUUAGUUUUAUCUGUCAUUAGAGCCAUCGUCAAACCUCUGGCCAUUCACUUUCUGUGUAAGCUGUACAACAUAGACAAGAAGGACAUCCAAGCCCAGAGGAGAGAAGGCUCCGAGGUGCCUCAGAAAUUCAUCACUUACUACAUGGUGUCUAUAGGGGCCACGUUUUUGGUUCCUCUGCUCUGCUCGUAUUUAGGCAUAAUGAGAGAGGGCUUUUACCAUGAAAUAUAUUGAUGUUAAGAAUAACUAAGUUACCUACAUCUCUCAUAUACAUAUAUUGUUGUUUUAUUGAGUUUUAUUUAUUUCAUUAUUCCUGAUUUAUGCAAAUAUCUCAAACUUUACCUUUUGUAUGUAGAUUAUUGUUGGGGACAGAUACAUGUAGAUAGAAUGUUUUUGUAUUUCUCUGCUUGUGACUUAUGCAGUGGUUUUGUACAGCUGACAUGGAAGACUAUAGAAUGCAUAGGGUAUGGUUACGAUUGUUAGCAUGAUAAGGAUAUGAAAUUCUGACCCAGUCCAGAUACAAGUAGACAGAGGAACUAUACUCAUAAAAACUAACAGGCCAGUAUUAGGCCAAAGUAAAUUAAUGCUGUGUUUCUUUUUCCCCUGCUUACUGAAAAAUAAAUGAGGUUACUCUAAACAUUUUACAUUCACGAAUGGACAAGUUUUCAAGGAUUCACCUUUUGUUGGUUUGAUUGAUUUCCCACGCUUACUCUCGUCACAAUAGAGAGAGGCCAUUGCUGAUGGGAUCAGACUGGCAGGUAUUGUUUAACAGUGUAAAUGGGGGGGGGGGGGGGGCUUUGUGUAAAAAUACUUGUACUUUUCUGUUGCUAGUAGUGCUUAAUGUUUGGAUUUUCUGACCUUUGCACCCCAUUUUGUUUUUAGGAGGGAAUAAGAAACACACUAUGUAUUUACCAUGGUCUUAUCUUAACUGUGUGUAUGAGGACAUUUUUUAUAUUUAUCAAAUGUCCUGAUGCCUAUUCAUGAAUUAUUUUGAAUUUACAAGUAGACUUAAGUUUUAAAAGUAUCCGUAAAAAGGUGUUUGAAAUUGCUGAUAUAUGAUCCUGGGGCGCAUUUUACAAAAAAAUCUAUGACUUAUGACCAACUUUACAUAGUAGAAUUCCCCCAUUUAUUUUAAAAUCAUUUACUUCAAUGUAAACUAGUAAAAAAAAAAGGUUGAAUGUUAAGUCUCAGAAAAGUUUUGAUUAAUUCAUUUAAACUUAUAACUGUGUUAUACAAUUUAAGACUUUGCAACUUUCUCGUAAGUUGUUUUGUAAAAUGGGCCUCUGAAGAUUGGAACUCUGAGUAAUUAUAGAUAUGGUGAUUGAAUGUAAUCUGUUUAAACUGGCAUUACUAUACCAUUCUGUUGUCUGGUGUGGAACAUUUAUAAAUGUCAAGGGAAGGGGUGGGGGGGCAAAAAAAGUUUUUUUAUUUUGUUAAGAAUAGCCUUUUCUUUGUUGACACAUUAAUGAAAUUGUUACUGUGUCAAUGUUUAUCAGCGACAUUGAUUACGUAAGAUCUAAAUGCCCUGAUAACUGAGUGGACUUUGCACUGUGAAAUCAGUAACAGCUGAUCGUCAUCAAUGCAGAGGAGCAAGUGUUCGUGUGGAGAUAUUGUCUUUAUCUACGUACACGCGUGGAAGUUCAAGUUUAUUCAAUGAAGAGGGUCAUCAGGUCAUGUGACAGUUGCACAGUUGACAUGCUUUGAGAUGUAGUUUAUUGACAGAAAUAGAUAAACUAAACAAUUAUAAAACAAACAUGAGCUUGAAUAUUGAUGGAAAUACUUCUUUCACAAUGUGAGGUUAGGUACAAGGAUUGAACGAGUUUCCGGGUUCAUUCUGAGUCUCAUUCAGUUCAGUGGAUGUGCAAUAUGAUAUACAUGUUAUGGUAUAUUUUAUGUAAGCGAGCAUUCAGAUCGAUUUUCCUCCCGUUGUCAGAAAGUUUGAAUUUUUCCUCAGACAUGUGAAAAUCCUAGAUAUAAUUAAUCCUAUCACCAUGUCGCCGAGAAAAGAGCAUUCUGUCAACUAUUUAUAGAGAUCUAGAAAGUUAUUCUGUCAUUCUAUAUAUUUUAUAUUGCGUAAGGUUUUUUUUCUGACUUUAGGUAUUAAGGGGUUUUGUUCUACUUUGUAAGUCCCAUAACUCUCAUGUGAAUCUUCAUGACAGAGACUGGCAUGUGAAACAGAAGAGCUCUAUCCUUGUAACAUUUUUAUCAAUAUCAAUAAAACACUAAAAUAUCUGUCAAUCGUAGUGGAGAAACUAUUGGUUGAGGUCUGUAAAGUUGAACAAUUAAUGUGAUAUGUGGAUUAUCUUUCCUUGGAAUUAAUUUACUUUUGAAUUGGGAGGAAUAUGAUAACACGCAUGUGAUUUCAGUGUGAAUACUUUCACUUUAAUUUGCUAAGUUUGAAUAUACAGAGUAUUGUAACCGGUUUACAGCGAGUUAAUAUCGCAAUUUACAAUACUCUCUCAAGAGGAGUACCUUUCAAUCGGAGGUGCAAUUUGAGUUCUUUUUUGUUGAUCAUGCAGUCACUUGAGAGAUUUUUUGAGAGGAUGGGGGAAAAAUAAUUCAUGAACAUUUCAUCUUUUCAGUAUUUUGUUAUAAAUUCACAAGAUUAUUUUUCUGGUUAGUCCACAACAUCAACUUGCCGGGCUUGUUUUGUUAUAACAUACGGCAACUUAUACAAGAAAACAGUAUUUUUGUGUUUUCAAUACUAGAUGUAUAUUUGCCAUUGAGUUUAAUUUUUUCUCUCUAACAUUGAUAUUGCGAUCUGUUUUAAUAUGCUCAUGUGAUUUCUAUACAUGCAUGCCUGGGAAAUAUACAUGCACCAGAGCAGAAUUGUGUGUGCUGUUGAUUGGUUGAUACUGUUAAGGACACACUGUAUGAGUUAUUGAGGACUUGAUGGGUAUCCUGGUUAGUACUAGUACUAAUUUAGUAGUACUAUUCUCAGUAACCCUCUCCAGCCAGACUUAUCUGCGAUAUCGAGAUGACGGUCCCUUUGACACAUAUUGUGUGUGAAUGUCCUGCACUGCAUUAAUGUGUUGAAUAUUAAUUGGCUUCACAAUCACAUUAUUUAUUUAUUUAUUUUUUUGCUCUUUUUAUCAUAUUAUAAUAUAUCUAUAUUAUAGGACAUGAUUUCACUCUCUGUGUAAAAUUAUCAUUACUCUGAUGCACCUGUCAGUAUUUUUGUCAAUGGAAAAACAGCUUAUAUUUAAAAUUUUGUACCACAUAUAUAUGACAUAUGUAUUAACUUUGCUAUUUUGAGCAUUGUAAGAAAUUAUACAUUUUUAUCAACGACUAUUUCUGCCUUUUGAUGUUCAUAAGUUACUGAGAAGAACUAGAAACUUUAGUGAAUGGCUACUAGCCCAGAGAACGAUUAGUCUUUUAAUUUGUUAAAAUCUCUAGUAUAUUUAAUGUAUAAUAUCAUCUUCAAAAUUUUAUAAUAUAGGAAUUUGUGAUUUCGCCUGUUUAUGACGGCUGUUGAGCUGUAUGUAAAUGAUAGGAUUUGGGCCGAUGUUGUAUGUGCUGUGCUUUGUCUCACUCAGUUGUGUGUUGUGUUUUGUUUGUCAAGUUUUGAAAUUAUUAACAAUAUAUGUGUUGCUUCCAAACAAGGGUACAAUGAAUAGGGUCUGACAUCUUAGUUUGAUGCUAGUCACUGACAUCAAAAUGAAGGGGUAUUUAUAUUUAGAGAAAAGUUUGAUGAAUACCUGAAAAUGUGCAAAAUCACAAAAAAUGUACAGUACUCCCUCCUACACUUGUGUAGCUACAUAUAAUAAUAAUAAAUUCUUUUAUUUAGAUAUUUACAUAUUUAGUCACCUUUCCAUCAGUUUGAAAUUCAGCCAGAUCUUUUGCCUGACUGCAGAACAAAGUAAAUGCUAUGUUCAACAAAUUGUUAUUAGAAUCAUGACCUUGUAUAUUCUUGUAGCGGGUAUAAACUGGCACACAUAAUACAUGUAGAUUGCUCACUCAUCUUGGGGUGGGUUUUUUUUUUUUUGCAUUGUACAUGUAUUGUCAGUUUCAAAUCAUUGUUUGCCCAAUAUCUUUUAUUAUCUAAUUUGGCCAAGUUCAUUUUGACACUUGUAAAAUUAGAAAUCCAGUUCUUACUGCAUGAAAACCAAUACUCAUCUUUGUUAUACAGUAAUGUUUUGCAUCCUUGUUUCCUAUUGUUUACGACUUUUGAAGUCAAUAUGCUUUGAUUGUGUAUCAGAAAUUGUGGGUUCAGAGUUCAAGCAGACUAAAUUAAUUUUUUUUAGAAGUUACAAGAAUAUUUUCAAUUUCUGAACACUUUGAUUGAAACAUUUAUGGUGAUAUGUGAUGAAUAUGAAUUACCUGUUUUAAUAUUUCGAAACCUGAUAAAGAGAACUAAUGAACUUCCCUGUAUUGCAGUUAAAAUAAGUUACGAAUCAUCGUAAAUGUGUCAUUCUAACCUGAUAUAAUUGAAAUGGAGAAUGGAAUGCCCCGUGUAUAAUACGGCCUCUAUGCAAUAGUCAUAUUAAUUUUUGUUGAACUUCACACUCGAUGUAUUUACCACGUAAAUAAAAAGAUGUAAAAUUGAAAA